GGUGGCGGCGCGGAGCCAGGCGCGCUCCCGUCCCGGGUCCGGCGGGGAGGGCCAGAGAAGCGGCGGCAGCACGCGGGACUUGGGCGGCGGAGGGGCGGCUUCCCGCCGGCGCUGGGUAGCCUCCCGUCGCUCGGGUGGCAAGCCCGCCCGCCAACCUCGCCCGGGCAUUUUCUUUGCGGCCUGUUGGGUGCAGGAAAGAUGUCCCGCGUCCCCUUGGGAAAAGUCCUUUUGCGGAAUGUCAUUCGCCACACUGACGCCCACAACAAGAUCCAGGAAGAGUCAGAAAUGUGGAAAAUACGGGAGAUGGAGAAGCAGAGCCAAGAGAUACGCUGGGGCAAACACGAGAGGGCCCUUCUGAACAGUUCCAGCAGCCGAAUGCGUAGCGAUGGGUUUGAUGAGGACAGCCAGCAGAACAGCUGGAGGACAAGGAACAUGCCAGUUAUGGCAGUGACCAUUGAAGACGACCUUCGACAUGCCCGCUACUGGAACAAGAAGCUCUACGAAUGCGAAGCUAACAUGCCGGACAGAUGGGGUCACAGUGGCUAUAAAGAGUUGUAUCCAGAAGAAUUUGAUACAGACAGUGACCGGGAACCAGAUGAACAAAACUCCGUGAAUGGAAAAAGAAAAUCUCAGUCAGACAAGCAGAGUUCUGCGAAGCUGCACAAAAGGAAAAAGGCCAAAAAGUCACACAAAAAGAAGCAGAAAAAGAAGUCUCACAAGAAGAAAAAGAAGAAGAAACGAGAGGAGCCGCCGAGCACAGCGGCAGCUUCUUCCCAGGAGUCCGAGUGUUCGGAGGGAGAGCCCCCCAAGAGGAGGAAAAAGCGCCACGCCAAGGGCAAGAAGGCCUCAGAUGAGCCUCCCGCCUCUUCCUCGGAUCCAGGCAGCGGCUCUAGCAAAGCCAGCAGCUGCCUCUCCAGCCACUCUGCGGACAGUGACUCAGAGGAGCCGGCUAGGAAGAGGCGGAAACGCCAGGCUUCCCUGCCUGAAAGAGCACGGGACAAGGCACCGGAGAAGCGCAGCAAGAGGAAAAACUGGAAAGUAGCUGCUGACGAGAACUCUGAGGACAGCUCAGAGGAGGAUUAGAACCCAGCUCUGGGUGGCAUGACUGGCUCCAGGACAGAGCUUCCCCUCAGACAUGGCACUACUUGGAACAGACUUGGAUUUGGUUCCGCUGGCAGGGGCAGGGGGCAAUUUAUGUUUCAUGUGGGCCAGAGAGAAAUUUCUGGCUUGGAUUCCUUUUGUCUGUCACAGAUUCUAGCCAGACAACCUUCUUGUCCCCCUCGGAAUGGACCUUCCAGUUGCGAAGUUCCGCUCUUGAAGACAGAAGGAACGAUGGAUGGUUUAGUCUCCCCUUCGCCUUUGAAAAUCACCUGGAGUUUGUUUUUCCUUUGCGAAGACUUGCAGGCGAAUUGCAAUAAAAGCAUGAGGGAGAGAGGGGAGGUGUUCCCCAAGCAGGUAGACAGGUAUCCUCUCCACUUUGAACAUGCCCUCUCCUCUAGAGGGAGGUCGGGGCAGACUGGCUCGGCAAAAACCAAACACUGUCCCACUGCAGUCUCAGGGUAGACUUAACUAGUCACCUUGUGAAGGAACGGAGACCACUGCCUCUCCAUACCUGGAAGAGUGCAGGUCAUCCUAUCCAUUAACUUGCCCUUGUGGGACUAGAUCUUGUUUCAGCUGGCUGGGUUCUCUUCUUAAAUGCUCUCUUGCUGCCAGAAGUUAAUUCCAGAGAAAAUGCAGCCCUCUCCAGCUUCUUGUAGCCAUUAAUCGGAUAAGUGAUGGGAAAGGAUCUAUCUUUGCGUACAGUACCAAAUUAAGAGCCAUAUUAUUGGGGGGGGGGAUUUUUUUCUUUUUGGUAAAGCUCUUCCUGGCUUUCUAAUGCCUGUUAAGUGGCUGUGGAAGGAUUCACUAAAGAACAUUCCCAGCAUACAGCCCAAAUCACAUCUGUCUCCUACCUCCCUGGAUACUGCUAUCAACUGCAGUUCUGCAAGAGACUGGGCACCCUGGCACAGAGUUCAAAGCUUCCUUAACACACUGUACUUCCUGAAAUAUGGGGGAAACAAUGAGAUUAACAAAACAAGAGAUUUGCUAAAUAUGCCUUUUGUCCAUCAAAAAUAUACUAAGCAGGAUUGUCAAAAACGUAAUACACUUAACACAGAGCAGUUCUCUGUUUUUGGCCAUCCCCAUUUCCCCUUCACAAAAUUUUGUAAAAUACUCACUUUAGCCUUCUGCCAGCUCUGUAUUUAACACUUUUUUUUUCUGGUCUCCCCAAACAAAUUUUUCCAACAUUAAAUGUCUGUGGAAUGAUCCUGAUCUAAAACUUAGAAUAAGCUGGGCUUUUUUUUUAUUGUUUGUGUACAGGGAUAUAAAAAGUAUUUUUGGAAAUAAUUGUUGCUAUGAGAAGCAAAGCCAUUGAAGUUAUUUCUAUGAAAAUCAACUUAUUUUUUAUACAUACAAACUACAGGCAUGAAUUGGUUUAAAUGGUCUGAAAAAAUAAACAAUGUUGACUUUAGCCAAAAAACAGGCAA